UACACCUGUAAGCAGCUGCAUUCUGAUGCAGGUAACGAUCGCGGCUUGGCGUCGAAGUUGUUUUGUCGUCGGAGGCAACAACAACAACAAUAAGUCGCAUAUCGAAUAUCCGAUUUGUAGAAGUUGAUGUACUAUGAACCGAUUGGAUGAUCCUCCCGGGCUCAUGAAAGGCAGAAAACCAUCUUUUAUUGGAAUGAACGGGGCACCGGAAACGGAUGAUCAGCAACGUAUACGAUUCCAGAUCGAACUAGAAUUUGUACAAUGUCUCGCCAAUCCAAAUUACCUAAAUUUUUUGGCACAACGUGGCUACUUCAAAGAGGUAUCGUUCAUCAAUUACCUCAAGUACCUGCUGUACUGGAAGGAGCCUGAGUACGCCAAGUAUUUGAAGUAUCCCAUGUGCCUGUACUUUCUGGAUUUGCUGCAGUAUGAACACUUCAGGCGGGAAGUCGUGAAUUCCCAGUGCACUAAGUUCAUCGAUGAUCAGCAGAUCUUGUUGUGGCAGCACUACACGAGACGUCGGACGAGACUCCUGCAAACGGCCGCCGAGCAAACGCAACACACCAAUCCUCAGAACAAUGGCAUCGCGCAGCCCAAGGUUCCCUGAAUUCGUAGCUUUAACAAUGUUCGUCGUACGUGUUGAUAGUAUAGCAUAUUUAAAACAGAGUCAAUACUUGAUAUGUUUCCUCUUUUUUUUUCUUUUUUCUUCUAUUCUUUUUUUAUAUAUGACAGUUCCUUAUAAAAACUGACUCGCUUGACUGUGAUAGCUCAUGAAUGAAGCAAGUCUCCAACUUUUCUAUGUGUGACCUGCAAAAUCGUGGCUCUUUCUCGUGCAACAUUUCAGCCCCUAAGAAUGCGAUCACAGAGAAAGGGAUAUUUGCAUCAAAAAUGUCUAUUUCUCCCUGACGCUCAGUCUUGUUACAUUAAUUGUUAUAUGUGUAUAUAUUUAGACGUAAUAUCUCAGGAUACGGUGGAAAAAACACAGUUACUCGUAUACUUCAACGAACGCUCGAUCAAGCUGCUACCACAUCACGGUUAUAUAUCUACAUUAAAUUCCAGAAAAAAAAGAAAGUUAUUAUUAUCCGUAUCACAUGUAUUGCACGCAACUUUGCAAUGGAAGCGCGGGUCUGGCCUCUGCCGUUUAUUCAUCCUGAGUCUUGUCUUAUCCUUAAAUACGUUCGCCUGCGUUACUUUCUACGCAUAACAUUAAAAUAAAUACUAUUGUUAUAAAUAUGAUAGUACGCAUAAUCGCGCGCCCGACUUAUGUACGAUAUUUAUACAGAGUACAUACGUAAUCGAUCUAUUUAAUAAAAAUAAACUAAUCUU